GAAAACUGUUUAUGUUUUCAGACUUCUGCCAUCUCAUAAAUAAUGUUCGGAAUAGUGUUAUUCAACAUUCAUGGUUUCAGACUCCAUACGGCAUAGUCAAAAAACGUCACUGGGAAGAUGUGUUGAAUAUGGAGAAAUAUGACGCCCCUAAUUUGAAAAUAGCUCAUAAGCUGUCACUAACUCAUCUUAACCCAAUUGGUUAUCAGAAAAUGAAAGUUUCCUUAACAUUUGAAUACUUCUCGAGACCCGUUGCAGAUGCUAUGGAAAUGCUAUCGAAGAAAAAUAUUAGUUUGAGAGAUUCUAUGCCGUCACAGCGUUUCAUCCUGAUGAUUGAUGCUUUAAUCAGAGCUAUGAUGUCGAGAACCCCAUUGCAAGCUUUGAAAUAUUCACAAUCGGAAGUAUGCCCUGAAAGAGAGAACGUCAGUCGCCGUCACGCAGGUGAAAGCUGUUCAUCUGUUAUACUUCAUUUUCUCUCCAAUAUAAAAUGAAAUACAUGAUUAUUUUGAUCUUCUAGAAAUCAAUGCUGUGUAUUCAACUGACCUGGAGUUCCAGAAUUUCUCAUCAUUGUAUUAUUCAGUACAGUAUGUACCCAUUUCAGUCUCAAC